UAAUAACAAUACUCUUAUUUUUGGUAGUAUAAACUAUUAGAAUGAUCUUUAAAUUAAAUGAAUUUUGGGUGUGUAAUGUUGAUUUACCCAAUAUGGUAAACAUGGUAUCUAAAUUUUUCAUUCUAUAUAUUUCUCUGUCUCUCUAGUCUCUCCACUAUAAUUAUUGACUUUUGUCCAGUAUCUAUUUGUAGCUAAUAUAUAGGAUAACCAGUUGAACCCUUUCAAACCAAAAAAAAAAAAUAAGAAAGCACCUUCUCUUGUUAAUUUCUCAAGACCACAAAACGACAAAACAGAGGCAAAGCAUUAUUGAUUAUGGCCGACUACCAAAGGCAGGAGGGCAAGGCCAAGGGCCAAGGCUGCAGCGACUCUUCAUGUUUCUUCUGCGCCAUGAACGAGUCAAAUCGGUCCCUCCGCCGAGUUAAACUCGUCCAGUGCUUCAAACAAAUGCCUCUAAGAAACGACCAACAACAACAACAACAACACGUCCUCGCUUUGACCACUCUAUGGAACAUAGCCAUGAACCAACCAAACGACCCUGAAUUUCCUUCCCUCGGAAUUUUCGAAUGCAUGGCAAAACUCAUCCAAAGAGCUCUCAACGACAACAAAUGGUUACUCACCGGUCAGAACAUCUAUAUUCCCUACUACGCAGCCCACGUUAUCGGUUCCUACACCAUCAACAAGGCUCACUUUGCCCACAAAGCUGUCAAAUCCGGCGUCGUUUUGCCCUUAAUCGAGAUUUUAAAGUCUACUAGUACUACUACUACUUGGGUCGAGAAAAGAGUUGCGGUUCGUGCUUUGGGUCAUAUUGCUAGCCAUGACAGAACCUUCGAAGCCAUUUUUGCAACAAGGUAUGAAACAGAGGUCGUGGAAUUAUCAAUGGAGAUAGCUUUGACUUGUAUUGAUGAGGUAUACGACAAGUUUGUUGGUAUAAGUUACAAGAAAAGAUUGAAUUAUCAUUCUAAUCUUCUUACCAAGGGGAUUGGUGGUUAUGAGAUUGAGAAUAAGAAAGCUGAGAAAUGGGCUAGCCAACUUCAGUGUUGGUCUCUUUAUCUUCUUAAUUGUAUUGCUUGUAGAGAAAGGUGUUUGGAAAUAAUUUGUAACAAGAAAUUCUUGAUGGAGCUUUGUGGAAUGUGGGGUGGUUUAGCCAAUCCGAGCUCGCCAUCUGGCAUUGGAUUGAUCAAAACUCUUUGUGAAACCAAAUUGGGUAGACAGAGUAUAGCAGAGUUGGACCAUGUUAUAGAGACGAUAUGUAAUAUAUCGAGGUCUUCGGAUGAUUGGCAAAUCAUGGCCAUUGAUUCUCUUCUGCUUCUUCUUAAAGACCCAGAAACUAGGUACAAAGUUUUUGAAAGCUCAGUUCUUUGUCUUGGUGAUUUGGUCGAGCUUCGAAGCUGUGGUGGAAGACAAAAAGUUGGACAGAGAAUCACUCAGACCCUUUUGCAGGAUUACCAUAAAAUCAAGUAUGGUGAUUUGAGAUUGAAGAGUAAGAAGGCGGAGAAAGCUUUAGAGGAGAUAUGGGAUAUGAAGGUUGAUAGAAGAAAGAGAGAGAAGAUAAUGAGUGAAGAAGAAAUCAGUGAGAGAAAAACUUUGGUGGGACAAUUCAAAAAGGAAGGAAAUUUAUGUUUUUGGUCAGGGGAUAUUGAAAACGCUGUGAAGAAAUAUUCGAAAGCUUUGUACUUGUGUCCAUUAAAGAGGAGAAAAGAUAGAAUUGUGAUUCAUAGCAAUAGAGCUCAGUGUUAUUUACUACUGAGAAAACCUGAUUUGGCCAUUAGUGACACAACCAGAGCUUUGUGUUUAUCUAGUGCGGUGAGUCCUCAUGGUAAGAGUCUGUGGAGAAGAUCCCAGGCUUAUGACAUGAAAGGGUUAGCGAGAGAGAGUUUGAUGGAUUGUUUGACGUUUGUCAAAGAGAGAAUGAGAAUCAAGUCUGAGAAGUCCAGCAAACGUGGCAGGAUCCCCUACUACGCAGCAUGUAUGAUUAACAAACAGAUGAACGCCACGUGGAUUUUUGCUCGGGCCAGUUCCAAUAAUAAGCAUGAAGAUAUAGUCAAGGAAAUUAGAGGUGACGAUGUAGUUGAUCAGAACAUAAUGACUCCACACUGUAAAUCAACCAUUUUAGAACCUUCGGUUGAAAAGCGAUUUGGGAGAAGAAAGGUACAAAUGUUGGGACGUGGUAGUAAGAAAAGUAUCGGUGUCACUAAUAGGUGGUCAGAUUCGCACACGUGUGAACAAAAGAACAGGUAAAAAAGAAUAACAAUCUGGAGAGGCCAUUAAAUGCCGACAAACACAAUAGAAAGAUUGUUUUAGUAGUUUGGAUAAUUUUACACUAGUUUUUAGUUUUGAGUCAGAGUAAAUACUGUACAUUUCAUAUAUGUAAUGUUGUUUCCUAAUGUUAAUUUAUAAAUAGCCUUCAGUUUCAUUUGCAAA